AUGGCUCAUCGGUUGUUACGAGACGAGGACGCGGAUGGCUGGGAGCGCAGUGAUUUUCCGAUCAUCUGCGAGACUUGCCUUGGAGCGAACCCUUACGUUCGCAUGACCAAGGCGAGCUUCGACAAGGAGUGCAAGAUCUGUACGCGCCCCUUCACCGUGUUCCGAUGGCGGCCCGGCCGCGACGCGCGCUACAAGAAGACCGAGAUCUGCCAGACGUGCUGCAAGCUCAAGAACGUCUGCCAGGUGUGCAUGUUGGACCUCGAGUACGGGCUGCCGGUGCAGGUGCGCGACACGGCGCUCAACAUCAACACCACGGACGCCAUCCCGCAGAGCGACGUCAACCGCGAGUACUUUGCGGAGGAGCACGACCGGAAGGCUCGUGCAGGGUUGGAUUACGAGUCAUCAUUCGGUAAGGCUGCGCCGAACGACCUGCUGUUGAAGCUGCAGCGCACGACGCCCUACUACAAGCGCAACCGCGCUCACAUCUGCUCCUUCUUUGUGCGCGGGGAGUGCACGCGCGGGGCAGAGUGCCCCUACCGCCACGAGAUGCCCAUUACGGGGGAGCUGGCUCACCAGAACUUCAAAGACCGCUACUAUGGUGUGAACGACCCAGUGGCGAAGAAGAUGAUGCGGCUGGCAGCAGAAAUGCCGUCGCUGGAAGCACCGGAGGACACGACCAUCAAGACGCUCUUUGUGGGGGGCGUGGACUCCCGCAUUACAGAGGCCGAUCUCAAGGACAAGUUCUAUGCGUUCGGGGAGGUGGAAUCUAUUCGUCUCAUCACCCCGCGCAGCUGUGCCUUCAUCACCUUCUCCUCGCGCGAGGAGGCCGAGAAGGCCGCAGAGGGCCUCGCCAACAAGCUCAUCAUAAAGGGGAUCCGGCUCAAGCUCGACUGGGGGAGGCCGAAAGCAGAGGCUUUGGAAGGAGGGGGGGGGGAUGGGGGAGGGAAGCGGCUGUUGGAAGGGGGAGAGAAGGGGGCGGGGGGAGCGGGUGGGGGGGAGGGGGAGGCGGGAGGUGAGGGGGCGCAGGGGGGAGAGGGGGGGGAUGGAGGGUCGGGUGGUGCGGCUGGGGGGAGUGGUGCGGGAGAGGGUUCGGCUGGGGGCAGCUUCGGGUUGCUGCCUCGGGCUGCGGCAGGUUCGGCGGUAGGUCCGGCGACGUCUGCUUCUAUGUAUCCGUCUAUGAACCCGGAGAGGAUGGGGGCACGCACUCGCGGCAGGGAGGGGGAAGGAGGAGGGGGAGGAGGGGGAGGGGGAGUGGGAGGAGGGGGAGGGGGAGGAGGGGGAGGUGGAGGAGGUGGUGGUGGUGAUGCGUCUGCGGCUGCGUCUACAGCUGCACCCUACCCAUACCCACCUCAUGCCUAUCCUCCCCCUGGCCACGCUCCCUAUCCUGCCUCUCAUCCUCCCCAGCCCUACCAGCCUGCGCCAGGUAUGCCUCCCCCAGGUGGCCCUCCUCUUCAUCCAGGGGCCUAUCAGCAGCAGCAGGGGGGGUAUCCGGGUUCAUACCCUCCUCCUCCCAUGGGUUACCAGCAGCAGCAACACUAUCAAUCGCCACCGCAGCAGCAGUAUCAGCAACAGCCAUACAUGCCGCCCCCCUCUCAGCAGUAUGCACCACAGCAGGGUCCCCCACCCCCGUACCCAGGUGGUCCGUCAGGUGCCCCACAACAGUACCCAGGUGGUCCACAACAAUAUUCAGGUGCCCUUCCAGGUGCUCAACAACAGUACCCAGGUGGCCCUUCAGGCGGUCCGCAACAGUACCCAGGUUUUCCCUCAGGUGCACCACAGCAGCAGCAGUACCCCGGACCUCAAUCCCAACCCUAUCCUCCCCAACAGUACCCCGGGCCUGGGCCAGCAGGUCCGGGGCAAUAUGGCCCUCCUAGGCCUGGUACCGGACCUCAAGGUUAA